GGAAGCGAAAGCGAAAGAGGCCCAGUUAACCUAAACACCCAGAGUCGGGGUGGGACUGCCAGCGCCGGCUGCGGACCUGAGGAUGGCUGCGCCGGGUUUCUUCCCGCUGCUUGUCGAGGGGUCCUGGGGCCCCGACCCCCCGAAGAACUUGAGCACCAAGUUGCAGGUGUACUUCCAGAGCCAGAAGAGGUCGGGAGGUGGAGAGUGUGAGGUCCGCCUGGAGCCCGGCAACCCGGUCCGCUUCUUGGUGCUCUUCCACCGGCAGGACGUUCGGCAGAAAGUUCUGGAGAGAGAGAACCAUGAGUUAGUAUGGCCAGGGAAAGGAACAUUUAAGUUAACUGUCCAGCAGCCCCCUGCCCCAGAUGAAGUCCAUGGUAUUUCUGAAGAGGAAAUUCCAACAAAGGAAUUCAAGACCAAAGAACAUGCCAAAGAACCAGAUAUGUCGGAAGAUACAAAAAUGGAAGAUAUCCCAAAAGUAUGUGAAAAUAUUCCCUCUUUGGUUGCAUUUGAAAAUCUCAAAGAAAAUGUGACUGACAUCAUGUUGGUCUUGUUGGUGGAGAACAUAAGUGGCCUGACCAGUGUUGAUUUUCAAGUGGAAGUAAUCAGAGAUUUUGAUGUUGCCGUGGUUACCUUUCAAAAAUAUAUAGAUCCCAGGAAAUUUGUUGAUGAUUGUGCCAUGAACUCUUCUGUGAAACGUCUUCAGCUUUCUCCAAGACUUCUGGAAGUGACAAGAAAGAUCAGGGUCGAAAACCUGCCGCCUGGUGUUGACAACUAUAAUUUGAAAUGUUUUUUUGAAGAUCCUCAAAAUGGAGGGGGAAGAGUUGUCAAUGUCGAAUAUUUUCCUGAAGAGAGUUCAGCACUGAUUGAAUUUUUUGACAGAAAAGUGUUAGACACCAUCAUGACCAAGAAACUUGAUCUCAAUAACAUGCCGCUCUCUGUGUUCCCAUACUACAUGUCUUUGGGCACAGCUUUGUACGGAAAGGAGAAGCCUCUGAUCAAACUUCCAGCACCAUUUAGAGAAUCUUUGGAUCUUUCUUUAUGGAAGUUCUUGUACAAAAAUAAGCACCUGGUUGAGGCGAUAAAUGAAGAAGUGAGCCAUUGUCACUGUGAGCUAACAUGGUCCCAGCUCAAUGGUGAAGUUACCAUCAGACCCGCGGCCACCUUAAUCAAUCAAGGAAGACAGACAGUCAAGAACUGGGAGAAAGAUGCUUCCUCAGUGUUCUCUGGCAUCAAGUCUAGAUAUAAAGUCACCAAAUUUAAAGUGGAUCCAGUAGUGUGGGACACCAUAAAAAACAGUUUAGAAGAUGAAAGCAUUUUGAUUGAGUUUGAUAUGCUUAUGGGGAUUGUAACUUUAGCAGGGAAGUCAGAAGAUGUACAAAACAUUGAGCCACAAAUCAAGGAAUUAAUAGAACACACCAGUCAAAAAAUUAAAAGAGAAGAGCAAAGUGUGAAGGAAAAAGUGGCCAUUUCUCCAGGAAAGUAUUCUCUUCUGCUCUACAGCAGUGAUCAGGAGCGCCUCCGCACAGAGUACCCAGAGAUGGAGAUUUUUUAUGAUGAAGACACUCAACACAUGUGCCUUAAAGGCCUCGGUAUAGAUGUGUAUAAAGUAAAGUGUGAAGUCCAGGAAAAGGUGUACAACAUGGCUCAGAAACACAUUGAGCUUCCCCAUGAAGUUUUCCAGUUUUUGCAACAGGUUGACUGUGCAGAAUUCUCUAAGUCCUUUUUUGUAGCGCAGAAAAUUCUUGCAGUUUGUGAGCUAGAGGGUACAACUGUUCUCUUAAUCGGCUAUUCUUUUGAAGUCCUAUUGGAAGCUGAAAAGCAUAUGGUCAGUGCCUUAUGUUAUAUGUCCAUAGACAUUGAGAACAGGGGAGUUCUUAAUAGCAAGAAAUGGAAAACAAUCACUGGCAAUUUGCUUAAGAAACAUAAUUCCUCUUCAAAGACUGUAAUAAUCAGUGAGUUAACUUCAAAAACCCCACCAGAGGCCAUUAUUGCAGGCUGUGUGAAAGAAGUACAGGAGACUCACAGCCUCCUUUUGGACUUUGUGGAAAAAAACAUGAAAAUAGAGAGAUUUAUUGAAAUAAAGCCUCCCUUAGUUAUUGAUUAUUUAAAGGCAGAGAAGAAGCUAUUACAAAAGAUGAAGCAAAAGAAGAUAAAUGUUCAGGUGGAUUUCAGUCCUGGGAGCAAACCAAAUGGCAUUUUACUAACUGGCUCGAAGGCCGAAGUCAUGGACGGAAUGGACAUCCUCACUCAAGCCAGGGAUUCAGUCUGUGUUAAAAGUGUCUGUAUCAAUAAGCCAGGAGCCAGGCAGUUAUUCCUGGAUAAGCCAUGGUGUUAUAAACGUGAGGUGCGGUUACAUGGUUGUUUUGUGGAACUACUGCAGAAUGAAGAAAAGGAGGGAGGUGGUGCUGUUGGGCAGAAGUGCUUCUGUCGGGCAGUGUUGGUCCCUGGAGUCUCUCUGAUCGUACAGCAAGGCGACUUGACACGGUUUCCUGUUGACGUGGUGGUGAAUGCGGCCAAUGAGAACCUCCGGCACAGCGGGGGCCUUGCCGCUGCCCUUUCCAAAGCAGCUGGCCCUCAGCUCCAAGCAGACUGUGACCAGAUAGUGAAGGAAAAAGGCACAAUCCCAGUUGGCCGUGCCAUCGUUUCGAGAGCAGGAAAGCUCCCAUAUCGCCAGGUCAUCCAUGCAAUAGGACCCAAGUGGAAGAGUGAUGAUGCCCAGGGGUGUGUGCUCCAGUUAAAGAAAGCCGUGAGACAAAGCCUCCAAUUGGCUGAAAAACUCCAGUACCAAUCUAUAGCCAUCCCUGCCAUUAGUUCUGGAGUCUUUGGCUUUCCCAUAUCUCAGUGUGUGGAGGCCAUCGUUUUGGCAGUCAAGGAAACCUUCCAGUAUAACUGGGAUGGGCGCACCUUGAAGGAGAUUUACCUUGUGGAUACAUCUCAGAAGACUGUUGAGGCCUUUGCUGAAACUGUGAAAACCGUAUUUAAAAACACCAUGCCUGGUACUUCUUCCCAGCUCAGUGUACCAGCCACAGUCCAGGCCAGCCUGAGAAAAGAUGAUGGAAACAGCAAAGUGCUGUUGUGCCCUGGCGGCCUGAGGAUCCUGUUGGUGAAAGAAGAAGUGCAGAAUGCUACGACCGAUGUUGUCGUCAACUCCAUUCCUAACAAUCUUGAGCUUAAUAGAGGGCCCCUUUCUUCGGCCCUCUUGUCGAAGGCUGGGCCAGAUCUCCAGAAGGAAUUGUACACAGCUGAACAAAAUUUGCCUGUUGACGUGGGCACGAUUCUCCAAACCAGUGGUUGCAAUCUGCAUUGCCACCAUGUGCUUCAUGUGGUGGCUCCGGACUGGAAUAAUGACAACACAUCUUCACGCAAGAUCAUGGAAGACAUAAUCAGAAAAUGUUUGGAAACCACUGAGAACUUGUCCUUGAAAUCAAUUGCAUUUCCAGCCAUAGGAACAGGCAAUUUGGGGUUUCCUAAAACUGUUUUUGCUGAAUUAAUCACUUCAGAAGUGUUCAAAUUCAGUAGCAACAAUCAGCCAACAGCUUUACAGGAGGUUUGCUUUCUGCUGCACCCGAAUGAUCACGCGAAUAUUCAGGCAUUUUCAGAUGAAUUUGACAGAAGGGCUAAUAAAAACUUCGUCAGUGACAAAAUUCCCAAGGCUGAGAAUACACAAGGUUGCUACAGUGCUGUAACUAGCUCUGAUUUAGGAGUGCAUGAAAUGAAAAUUGGUCCCAUCACCUUCCAGGUGGCGCCUGGAGAUAUUACUAAAGAAGAGGCAGAUGUGAUUGUUAAUUCAACAUCAAAGACAUUUAAUCUCAAAGCAGGGGUCUCCAAAGCAAUUUUGGAACAGGCUGGGCAAGAUGUGGAAGCAGAAUGUCUUCGCCUAGCUCAACAGAGCAACAAUGAUUAUAUAAUUACCGGAGGUGGAUUACUAAAGUGCAAGAGUAUUAUUCAUGUCUCUGGUGGAAGUGAUGUCAAGAGAUUGGUUUCCUGUAUUUUGCAAGAGUGUGAAAACCGGAAUUACUCGUCCAUUUGCCUCCCAGCCAUUGGGACAGGAAAAGCUAAACAAGACCCAGAUAAGGUUGCUGAAGCCAUAAUGGAUGCCAUCAAAGACUUUAUACAGAAAGGAUCAGUCCAGUCUGUGAAAAAAGUUAAAGCUGUUAUCUUUCUGCCUCAAGUACUGGACGUGUUUUAUGCCAACAUGAAAAAAAGAGAAAACUCUCAGCCUUCUCCCCUGCAGUCUAUGAUAUAUAAAGUUGCAUCAUUGUUUGGCCUUUCAAAGCAAACUACCAAAACACAAAAGCCUUUGGUUUUGGAAAAGAAAACAGAAUCAGCAGUUUUUCAGGUGUGCGGUGAAAAUGAAAAAUGUGUGGAUAGUGCCCUCUCCUGUAUCGAGGAUCUGAUAAAAAAUGAACAGAGUAUUUACACCAGUGAAGACGAAUGUAUCAAAGACUUUGAUGAAAAGGAAUGUCAGGAAUUGAUUAAGCUGAACGAGAAAUUGAGUAUUAGCAUUUCCUGGGACGCUGAAACACCUUCGAUUAAGGUGACAGGAAUUAGCAGAGACGUGGAACAGGCUGGGAAGGCAAUUGAGGAGAUGAUCAGAACAGUCAGAGCAGCCAGAGAGCAGGAAUCCAGAGCAGACUAUGUCAGUGAGUUUGUAGAGUGGCAAUAUAAUGACAAUAACGCUUUUCACAAUUUUGACAAAAUGACCAAUCUGCAAUUGGAAGAUGCAAAAAAAGCCAAGAAAAGUACAGUUAAUGUCAAAAUUAAUAAUCAGAGCUACACUGUGGACUUGAAAUCAUACGUCGCUAUAGAUGCGAAGGGACACAGUUUACCUGUUCAGCGCCUCACAAAACCUGAAGUUGAGGUCCCUGCUCACUGGUGUGAUAUGAAGCAGCAGUGUGUCCGUCUGGUUGAGCUAUCGCCUGGUCAUGCAGAAUACGACGAAGUGGCAAAUGUGUUUAAUCAGACCUGCUCAAAUUUCAAGAUUGAGAAGAUUGAGAGGAUCCAGAAUCCACAUCUCUGGAAAGUCUACCAGACCCAGAAAAAAAACAUGGAUGAGAAGAAUGGUAAUACUAAAAAUGAGAGGCUGCUCUUCCACGGGACAGACUCUGACUCAUUGCCAUACAUCAACAAAAAUGGCUUUAACCGCAUUUAUGCUGGAAAGAAUGCUACGGCAUAUGGAAAGGGAACCUACUUUGCUGUCCAUGCCAAUUAUUCUGCCAAUAAUGCAUACUCCAGACCAGACGCAAAUGGUAAAAAGCAUAUGUAUUAUGUGCGAGUACUUACUGGAUUGUACACACAUGGAGAUCCGAAAUUACUUGUGCCUCCUCCAAAGAAUAAUCAAAAUCUUACUGACCUGUAUGACACUGUCACAGAUAAGGUGAACAAUCCAAGUUUGUUUGUGGUAUUUUAUGAUAACCAUACUUACCCAGAGUACCUCAUUACUUUUCAAUAAAAUUUUGGUAUCCUUCA